UGUAGAUUGACGCACGCAUUUGCUGCCGCAUGCGCGACUCCAGUGUGCGGUUCCUGAACAAUAACACUACUGUCAAUAUUUAUUGUUACAAUAAUGGAAGCAUUUAACCAUAUACUACUACAAUAUCCGCCGUUUUUAGUUGGGGGAGUCGGGGCUACGGCGAUUGCUGCAGGAGGAGCGCUGCUCUAUAAAAUUGCAACAAGGAAGAAACCAACGCAUGUCGAUGUGAACUGCUGGUUCUGCAAUAAGGAGACAGUGGUUCCCUAUGGGAACAGGAACUGCUGGGAUUGUCCAUACUGUGAACAAUAUAAUGGCUUUCAAGAGAACGGAGACUACAAUAAACCCAUCCCUGCUCAAUACAUGGAGCAUCUCAACCACGGAGUUUCGGCCGGCGUCCCGGAGACAUCCAAGACUCUGCAGUGGGUCAACUGCCAGAUGCUGUUGUGCAAGAAAUGCAACAGUAACCAGACCCUGAAGAUCAAACAGCUGGCAUCGUUCAUCCCCAGAGAUGAUGACAACUAUGAUGAAGAGAUCGAAGUCUAUAAGCAUCACCUCGAGCAGACAUACAAAUUGUGCCGGCCGUGCCAGACCGCUGUGGAAUACUACAUCAAACAUCAGAACCGACAGCUGCGAGCUCUGCUCUUCAAUCACCAGCUCAAACGCAGCCGGGAUGCUGAGAAGGCCUUCGUCAAGAGCACGUAUACCCUCACCACACCCGGCUGGUUGAUCUUGCUCAGGGUCCUUGCGUUCCUCGCCUGUGCCUUUUUGGUAGCAUUGGCUUUGCCGGGAUCUGAAUAUGUCACACAGCUUGUCGCUCCGCCUAAACUUCCCCUCCCAAAUGACACUGAAAGCAAGGCCAACGAGACAAGCAAGAUGUGGAACGAUCUGGUGGGUCUUCUUCCGGAUGAGACCGUGGAAAACAUCAGGCUGAUCUGGCAGGCCGGCAGCGAUCAUCGGAUGGCCGUGGCCUCCGUCGGUCUCCUGACUUGCAUUACUGGUGUCUUAAUGGCAGGGACUGUCAGGUUGAGGAGGAUUGAUGCUGUGGCAUCUGUGCUGUGGCUCCUGGUGAUUUGCUUCUACCUGGCCGAGUUUUACCUGCAGACGGUCAUCCCUGAUUGGUUGGAAAUGGUCAAGUUUGCCAUCACGUCUUUGUGUUGUCUGGUGGGAUUCGCUGCCGCAGUGGCAACAAGUAAAUCAACGAAUCCGAGGAGAGCCAGAGGCCGCAGGUAUCUGUCUAGUAGUUCUCCUGAGCUGUACUAUAGUAAUCGCUCGCCCCUGCUGUCUACACCUGCGUCUGGAUCGUCUUCCUUCAUCCCCACGCCUCCCCCCAACCUGUCGCAGCUGCUCGUCCGCCAACAAAUCCACAGAACACGCAAGGCCUCGCCCUCCUCGCUGCCUGGCCGACUCAACAGAGCCCUCUCUCUUGGAACGAUCCCCUCCCUUGCACGAGCAGAUUCAGGUUUUCUGUUCAGUGGAAGCCGACCGUCCUUACAAUUUAAAGACUCGCCACCUUCAGACUACUACUCCCUAAAGUCUGGAAGUCGGCCCUCCUCUCCUGCACCCUCCCCGACCCCUUCAGUUGCGGGUUCAGUCACUUCAACCUCCAGCUCCGCCAGGCAGCGCCGGCCCCUUAUCAGCCCAGCAAGGCUCAACAUCGGUGGGCAAAAGCUGCAGCUCUUUCCCUCUCCUCUGGAGACGUUCAGUUCGGUCUCACCACCUCACUUCCUGCCUGAGCAGAGCCAUGUGCACGGUGGAGGAUUUUUGCCUGAUGUGCCACACUUCCAUUCACACAAUAAUGGUUCACUCAUCGAUGAAGGCAGUGUGUUUGAGCAUGCUGUGAAGCGCAUGGGCAGCUCCUCUGGGUCUUCAGACUGCCAUGCGGACACAACGACAGGAAAUGAAACUGACAGCCAGUCUGAAUGGAAAGGUUUUCUGGGUUUGUCCCUCUGGCCCGGGUUAUUGUUCGCCAGCAUGACUAUCAACAUAAGCUUCAUCUGCUUCUAUUUAUAUUACAUCUGGAGAUGAAAAUGUGGGCCAGGCCUCAGAAGUUAGAGGUCACACUCAUCCGCAAUGUGCACCGGUCUAUCCCCUUGCUCCAUUCGUCUGGAUUCUUUUGCAGGAGAGACAAGGAGAACUUUUCUCUUGCGACGUUUGCUGCUAUCUGACAUACAGAAGUGUUGUUUACUGGCAGAACCUGCGUAGUGACCAGAUCUUGUUCUCAUAAACUCGCUGGGAUUCUAUUCUGCGUGUCAAAGUAUGACGCUUGCUUUGUAUCAACAUGUUGUUUGUGCAUGUUUAAGAAUCAUUUGUUAGUAUUUUUAAACACUGGAUGUGUGUGAGAAUGAGCGUGCUGUUUAAUUUAACGGAUGAAUGUUGGCCACAUGAUUGUAUCUUGAUUACACACUCAUCUGGCUUCUUCGCCAGUUACUGGUUUAUAUGUUUUUUUAUCCUACAUCCUCCGAGGACCAGGUCACAUCAUUCUCAUAUUGAUGUUAAAGGUGCAUACGUUUGUGAGGUGCAAUAUGUUUGUCAUGUGAGACUCUGAUAACAUUAGUUUAGAUGUGUUUUUGCGUAGAGUUUUCAGACUGUCCCUUUGUUUUAUUCAUUCACGCCACAUGCAUCAUGACUCGGGUCUCAGAAGGAAAACGAGAUAAUGUUGAUAUUUUGUACAUAAAAAUGUGUAUCAGUAUUGCCAGAUUAAAAUAAACCAUGUAAUGGUUA